AUUACUGUUCACAUAAAUAUCACGUGUAUUGAGGACGCUCAAUGAAUCUGCCGAAAUCAAUUCAAUAUGGACUGGGCCUUAUACAAUGCCAAAAUACAAUUCGCGGUUUGUAAAGUGUUGAAAAAUCACCGGAUACCUCGGCCGAAGCACGAGAUACCUAGCGACAUGGAGGAGGUCGUACUCGACAGAACCGACGGAACAAGUGUCUGUGUACAAGAUGGCGGCGCCCGGGGCCUUAACUGUCGUGAAAAUCGCCAGGAAGUAACCCGUAAACGGAAGCCGCGCGGUGUCGCAGCGAGCCGCGGAUCCCCGCUCCGAAGGAUGUGAUCCGAGGAAGAAGAAGAAGAAGGCCGAGUCCGGGCCAGAGGAGCCUUUUUCUACACUGCCACGAGGAAAUUCGGAUAAUCCAAGUUCCUCGGGCCAGUAUCGUGAUCUUCUCCGUGGCCACGCUGACGAUGGAGUCCAGGGAACGCUAUCAGGAGCUCUGCAGACUUUGCGCAUCCUACGACGCCGUCAAGAUGGACAUCUUCGGUCAAGAGGGCAAGAAUAGACAGCUUGUUGACAAGAUACAAGCCUGUCUACCGUUUAAGAUUGCAGAAGAUGAUCGAUUACCAAAAUGCCUCUGUUACCGAUGCAUGUACAAUUUGGAAAAUUUCUAUGAUUUUAGAACAGCAUGUGUCAAUGCAGUGGCUCUCUUGGAAAGAUGCUUACCACCGUCAGAAAAAGUUGAAGGUAUUAUGACCACCUUAAGAUGCUGCGAUAACUCAGAGCUCUUGAAGCGAAAAGAAAACAUACCUAUAUUGAUCCCAGAGGCCCCUAUUGUGAAUCCCAAUGCUGCCUUAGGAACACCUCCUAGAUUAAAUUCUGAUGAGGAAGCAGAUCACGAGUCCGAAGAAGUUAUCGAUAAUAGUGGCACAGAUGAAGCAACAAUAAUGGAUGACUCAGAGGAUCACCGAUCAGAAGAAUAUGAAAUGGAUAUGGAAACAAAUCCAAGUGAUUUUCUGGAGAUGACUUCAAUAGUUACCGAAGAACCUGAUGACUUGGAGAUGAAACAUCAAGAACAUUCUAGUAAUAACCCAGAGCAUACAUCUCAGCAACACGAAGUUUAUGUCUGUUCCUUGUGCAACAAAGCAUUCAGUUCAAAGGGUCACUUAUCUUUGCACGCGCGUAUUCAUGUCGGGGCCGGUGAUGUAAUUGGCGAAAAAGUUCUUACGGACGAUCACACUUCCUACAAGAGACCCUACCAAUGUGAUCUUUGUCAUAAAUCUUAUUCGACUGCGAAACAUCGUUGGGGUCAUGUUUCAACGUCUCACAGAGGUCAUCCGGCAGUGACAUGCGGUUAUUGUUCCCGGAUCUACUCGACUCGGACAAAUUUGGAAGAACAUAUAAAAUCACGCCAUGCUGGUCUUCUAGCACCCUUGGAGGUUCCUUUGAACAAUACUUAUCGACUAGAAAAUAGAUGCCAAUGCAAUGUUUGCGGAAAGAUUUGCACUGAUGCCAUGGAACUGAAUCUCCAUGGCAGAGUUUGCAUAGAAGCGCAAAGAUCCGAUUUUCUGACCAAGAGUGAGAAUAGAGAUACCAAAAUAGUUGACAGUUGUGAGGGAUCAAGCUUCGGUAGUGACGACGAUAGCAAAGAUUACAGAAGUGCAGAAGCAAAGCUGGCUAAGAAUCCACAAUUGACGAUCUUGAAGCAAGCUUUAAUGAAGGGUGACAGUCUUAAACGAGACUUUGAAGAUAAAUUCACGGCAAAUUGUAAACCAAAAAAGUUGCCAAGAACAGAAAACAUGGAUGUUAACAAUGAUAAGAAAUGGUACUGUGAAUCAUGUCCUCAAUUUUUUACAUCGGUCGAAAACUUAAAAGAACACGAGGCAGUACAUGAUGCCGAUAAGCCAUUCAUCUGCAUUUUAUGCAAAAAAGAUUUUGUUCUUAAGUCUUCCUUGAGUAGACAUAUCCAAACGUUACAUGGUGUUGAUCCAUGUCCUAUUGUAGAAAGUGAUAAAUGUUUAAAGAAGAUUUUCUCACGACAUUGGAAUGAAUCGAUGGAUAUUGAUUAUGAACAAAAAACUAAUGAGUUUCCAUUAUCUCCGGAAACGAAUGUUGAAAACGAAGAAGAUGAUCAUGAGAGUGGACAAGAGAAUCUUAUUGAAAUUGAAACCGUAUUUGUUUGUGAAAUUUGUACUCGUGAUUUUAAUGAUCGUGCUUCUCUUUGGCUUCACAUUCGAGCCACUCAUAAGGAGUUCGCAGCAUUUGCAUGUGGCGUUUGUUUGAAAAUUUGUGCAGACAACGCACAACUUCUAAAUCAUGUAAAUAUGUACCAUGGCGGAUCAAAAUUGUUACUCUCUGAACAAAGGAGGUACAGUUGCACAAUUUGCGGCAGACAACAUGACUCUAGGAAGAAAUUAAUUGCACACGUGUCCAUACAUAAUAUUGAUCCAAAUUAUGAUCCAGCAACUUUCGUACAAUUGAACAGUAAUUAUUAUGGCGAAAAUAUUAAUGGAAAUGAAACUACAGAAACAAUGCUUGAUUACGAAGAGGAAGGGGACAAAGUAGACUGUUACAUUUGUUAUAAGUCAUUUCCAAACGAAGAUCAUUUAAUACGGCAUCAAAGAAAUGCACACAGAUCUGAACAACCGAUUCCAACAGGAGACUCCAUGAAUCAGUCCAAUUUAAAUGGAGGUGGAAAUAGAGCCCAAUAUCACUUGUUCUUUGUUUGCGAACUUUGUGGCAGUUCACACCCUAGUAAAUGGGAACGUUGGUUACAUGUCAGCUCUGCUCAUGCCAACGAACAAGCCAUAAAAUGCGAUCGUGAUGAUUGUGGUAAAAUUUUUGCAACGAAAUCUCUUAGAAACGAUCACAUUCAACAUCAUAUAAUUCAAGGUCCCUCUCCAAAUACUUGUGAAAUCUGCGGCAAACUUUGGGGUAGUAGAGUAGAUUAUUGGAAGCAUGUUAUGGGCGUUCAUUCAGAUACUGUCCCAUUGAUUUGUGGUGUUUGCCUGAAAGUUUUCCCGAAUGUAUUACAAUUAAGUAAUCAUGUCAAAUCGAAACAUUGGCCAUUAACAAAUGGUGAUUUUAGUUGUGAUAUAUGCGGAAGACCGUAUUCGAACAAAUCUAAAAUGUCCAGGCAUAGAAAAAUCCAUGGUUUUGAAGAAACCUGCGAUAAUGGAGUUGAAGGCAAUGAAAGCAAACCAGAUGGGCGAAUUAGAGAAACAGAAUUAAGUUGUGAACAUUGUACAGACUUAAAGUUUGCUAGUUUAGAGAAGUUGUGUAAUCACAGACGAAUCAUUCAUGGCCUUUUUCCUUGCGAUCUCUGUAAUAAAUGUUACGGAAGAACCUCACACCUAUGGAAACAUGUAAAUAGAGUCCAUAAAGGUCAUGAGGAUGUUACAUGCCCAUAUUGCUUGAAAACUAGUGCAUCAAAAGAUCAUUUGGCAACACAUAUUUCUAAAAUUCAUAGGUACGAACCUGACUCUAGAAAAGACGGAAAAGACACUAGGCAAUUUAAAACGGAUGAAGUUAGUUUACAUUAUUGUGAGAAAUGUAAUAAAGGAUUUCAUAAGCGGUAUCUGUUACGUAGACAUAUGAAAGGAUGUCAGAAUUAUAGGAAGGAUCCUGGUGCGUUGCUUACUCGUUGCAGAGCUUGCGAAAGAAUUUUUAAAGAUCGUGCUAGUUUACAAAAGCAUAUAGAAAAUCAUCAUAGUACAUACACUUGUCAUCUUUGUAACGAAACUAUCACUUCGAAAUUAGGAAUUAUGACGCAUAAUAGAGUGAAACAUAUGGAUCACCCGGAUUUGACUUGUAAUUUUGGAGCUUGUAAAAAGUUGUUUAGGACAAAGGAAGAUUUAGAAUCGCAUAAAAAAGACCACAGAUAUCAUACAAAUCCUAACGUUUGUGAUUUCUGCGGCGACACUGUUGAGAAUAAAUUGAAAUUGAAGAUGCACGUGCUGUCUCUGCAUCGUAAUGAAAUUGGCGUAUCUUGUGGGGUAUGUUUAAUUCCAAUGAAAGAUCCGAAAGAACUUAAGGGUCAUGUAGAAGAAGUUCACGCUAGUGUUCUUUCAAAACCUAAUACUUGUCAAGUAUGCGGUAAACAAUAUGCUUCAAAAUGGAAAGCUUUCGACCAUACUAAAAAAUGUCAUGGCAAAGUAUUCCGGACCUGUAAACAAUGUUUAGCUGUUUUUACAGAAGAUUCUGCCAUCAGAGAUCAUUAUGAAACGAUACAUAAUGUUCCAAAAGAUCAACUUGCAGCAUUUGAGUAUAGGUUGGAUAUUGGAUCAAAACAUGAUGAUUUUGAAAUGGAGUCUCCUGACGUUGUCGUCAAAGAAGAACCAGAUGAUUUGGAGUACGAUGUAGAUCUAUGCGACGAGGACUCCAGCGAUUCAAAAAGGAGAAGAUCAUUGACUGAUACAUUCGAUUGUGAAAUGUGUCCUGAGAUGUUUGCAAAUAGCGAUGCCCUUUCAAAACACUAUCGUAAUAUGCAUAAUACAGAUCCAGAAAGAAUGUUUAAGAGACUGAAGCAAGAAGAACAGAGAAGAAUGCGUGGAAAACUAAGUUUUGUUUGUAAGAACUGUAAAAGACAAUUUUGUACAAAAACAUUGUAUUGGAAUCAUAUUGCAACCUGUAGAAGAAAUACUUUACGAAAAGAGGAAGAACUUGCGUCUUUGCAGAAUAAUAUGUUAGAUAAUCAAGAGAGUGUGCUGGAUAAUCGAGAAGAAAUUUUGAAAAAUAACAAUCAAAUAAAAAAAGAAGAAAGUACGUCAAAUUUGAAUAUCCCUGACUUCAAUCUAUUUGAGGACAUAAAUCUUCAGUUAUCAGGUCAAAGACCUCUUCCAAAUUUAAUGCCAUUAUCUCAGAGAGUGAAAGCAUCAAUAAAAUGUUCAAGAAAGGAUUCUAGGAAAGUGUAUGAUGAAUCAACGAAUACAGAAUGUGCUUGCGAAGUCUGCGGAAAACAAUGGCCGGCAAAGAAACAUUUAUGGCAACAUUUAAUUCGCUUUCAUCGAGCCGAAGCUGCGGUCACUUGUGGAGUAUGUCUGAAACUCUGCAAGGAUUAUGAUAAUUUAGCAGAACAUUUGAAAGCCACACAUGCUGCAAUUCUUUCUUGUGAAGGAAACAAUUUCACGUGCAAAACUUGUGGCAGGUAUCAUAAUGCACGUAGCAAGCUGUUAUUACAUACAAGUAUUCAUAUUGGCCAUGCAAGUAAUGGCACUACAUGUCCGAGAUGUUAUAAGAAUAUUACUGACGAAACUGAUCAUUCUAAUACAUGUACUGGGAAAACGGAAGAACAACACUUGAAGACUGAGGAAAAACCAGAAGGAAGCCUGAUAGCGGAUGAUGCGAUAAUAGAAGAGGUGGAAGAAGGGGAAUUUGAGUCUGAGGCAGAAGAGGCAGAUUCAGCAGAAUCGGAUAGUGGUAGUAGUACAGAGGUGGAAGAAGAGAAUGAUUCUGAAGGAGAAUCCAGGGCUACAGAAGAAAUUACAUACAACUCAGAUACUGAUGAUGAUUCCGAAGAAUUGGCUUUGGAAGGCCUCCAGGAAUCCAAAGAUACAGAAGCAGGAAAAAAUGACGUUGAUUUGUCAGAUGACGAUGGUCCGCCUGUACUUAGUCCUAUAAUGCCUCUACUAAGUGGAAAUAUGUCUGGGGAACAAUCGAUAAGUCGCAAACUUGGUUCAAGAACAACGCCAACGGGAAAAGAAAUGGAAAUUUGUAAUUUAGCAGAAAUUCAAAAUCAAUCUGCCUCCAAAUCAGUGAAUUUCUAUGGAAAGGAUUUGUGUAACAAUGAAUCAUUAGAUUGUGAGUCCGAAACGUUUAUAAAUCGUAGCGACGAAGAAUAUGAAGGUGCGAAAAAUGGAUACGAUGAAAAUUCUAUGGAAGAAAACGAGGACGAUAAUGAAGAGACUAUAGACAAUGACGAAGCAGUAGACAAUGAAGAGCAUGAAGGAAACGAAGAAGUCGAGCAGGACGAAGAUAACGCGGAAAAUAAUGAGGUAGAGAUGAACGAAAAUAGUGAAGGAAACGAAUUGUAUGAAGAAAUUGAAGAGAAUGAAUCAAAUGAAGAAAUUGAAGAUAACGAAGAGAAUGAUGAACAUGAAGAGAAUUAUGAGAAUGAAGAAAAUGAGGAGAGCGAGGAAAAUGAGGAAAACGAGGAGAAUGAAGAAAACGAGGAAAAAAUAGAAGGCAUGCAAUUGGAUGAUUUAGAAAAUGCUGUACUAAUGGUGACCGAAGGAAAUGAAAUAUUGAUACAACAAGAUAUAUUAGAGGAUGGAAUUGAGAACGUAAAUCAAGCAUAUGUUUAUUCUACGCUUGCUUAUAGUACGGACGAAGACAGUGAUGAUGCAGGGAAGUGAGUGCCAAAUUGUGAAUAAGGAUUUUGAGAAAAUGCAAGGUGAGACAGUUGUUAUAUUGUUUUUCAGGAUUGGAGGAUACGUGGAAAUGCGUUUUGAAAGUUAUAAGGUAGUUAAGAAUUAAAUUCCAAAAAUUAAGUUUUGAAAAAACGUUUUCAUAGUACCGAAGAUAUACGAAAAGAUACGAAAUAUUUUGUUCAAAUAAAAUCGUAAUUAGUAUAACAUUUUAGAUAUUUAAACUAUUUGAAAUCCACGUGUUUAAUAUAUAGUAUAAUUCGCAAGCUUAUAUAUAAUUUUAUACGAAUAUUCGUUUCUCUAUUACAAACAUGGAUUUAGAAUUAAUAUCUCUGAAAACACACAAACCCACGUAUUCUUAUAAUUCAUUAAAAUUAAUCGGAAUUUGUAUUGAUUUGUUCUGUAUAGAAAAAAAAGAGAUGUACUGUUACGUGAUAUGUACCUUGAAAUUUAUGGAAAUUCACACCGAUGUUGCGAUAACGUGUAAAUAUAUGUGAAGUUUAAUAGUAGGAAUAUUAUAGGAAUACCUAGGACUAUUAACGGGAGUUUAAUAUAAGGUAAGACGUGGGAUUACAUUAAAAAUUCGUGCAUGAACAUACAGGUAUUGGAAAAAAGGAUCGAGAUAGAGUAAAAUUGACCAAAGUCAAUGUGAUGUAAUAAAAGAACAAACCCCCCCAAACUCCUAAUGAAUUUAUUUAAGUUUUUACCAAUUCCGAUCUCACGAGUGCAGAUCGAAUUCGUCCUCAAGCUGUUUGAGAUUAUAUUCGAUCGAAAUCGAUAUUUGAUUUUCCAAAUUUUUUCUUAUAAAUUUUUCCAAGCGCAAAUAGUACAAAUAUAGCAAUAUACAGAAUUAUCGUAAUAUUAGGUGAAUAAUGAACGCUAUAAUACUACAGUUUCAUAAUUUCUACUAAAUUAUAAGCGAAUCCUUUUGUAUCCAUAAAUAGUAUUGAACGUUCGUUUCAAGUAUACAUAUAAUACUGUAUUCGUUAUCUGUUAUACAUAUCUAUGUUGAUGCUCUGUUAUUAUUAUUCAUAAUAAUAUAUUUUUUAUUAUUUCGGUAUUAUAUUAAUAUCGAUUCGAUUGAAUCUGCCGCAAGAAAUUUCAAUACCGGAGGAUCAAGAAACAGAGACAAUUUAGUGUAUAUAGUAGUCGUGUAAGUAACAUCGUGUACAGCUACAUUAUACUAUACGAAACAAAACAAAAAAAUAUUUGUAUGCGUGUAUGAGGAAAGCAUGAUUACUGGUGUGACAGAAAGGAAAGGCCACCUUCUAUUACUUUUUUAACGUUGUACGUUUAAAAACGAUCAAGGAGAAACUGAAGAUCACUUCUAUUUUAACAAUAAAAGUAUCGAAUAACCGUGCGUCGUAAAAUAAACUAAUUUAUUUCUGAUAUAUUGAACAUUUUUAUUCGUUGCAUGGAAUUCAGUUUCUCUGCAGAUGUCGUUCCCACUGUAUUUCAUCAACCUUGAUACAUUUGCAUAGUUUAGCAUAGGGAGUGACAUUUUCUUUUCUUGCACAUUUAUUAUGUUGGAAUCUAUUUUCACUAUCCUAACAACGUUAACGAUUGUCUGUUAGAAAAUCAAAAAAAUAGCCAAGUAUGUAUAAUUUCAUAUCCUAUUGGAUUAGCUAUAUGCAUGGUUAUUUCUGCUAACUUCCGUUCGAUUCUUUUCCUCUUGUUUCGUUUAUUAUUUAUUGGAGCAUACGCUUCCUUUCCGAUGCGUUUAGUAUAUAAGACACACGAAAACGGCGAUUCGCAUUUAACGUUUGUAAUAAUUAAAAUAAAAAUUACUAUAAGUUGAUUAA